AUGGGGUCGCCCCAGAGAAACCCUAAGGACCUCAGGAAGAUGGUACAAGACACAAAACAGGACAUGGAUGACGUUCACAAAGCUUUGGAAAAGCUCAGAGGGCCUUCCCAGGAAGAGAGGCUAGAGACAGACAUGCUGCGUUCCCGAAUCGAUGAACAGUCCACUUUGAUCUGCAUUCUGAAGCGGAGAGCUGACGAAAUGCUGUUACGCUGCCAGGCGCUUGAGCGAAUCAAUGCCGAGCUGGAGGACCUGCAGGCAAACGUUCAGGCCGAACUGGAGAAUGAGAGGAAGAGGUCCAAACAGCUGGAGGAGAGGUUCAUGGACCUGGCCGCCAAUCACCGAGAGCUCAUCAGUUUCAAAGACGAGUACAAGAGACAGACCGCGGAACUGCUGAAAGAGAACAAACGGCUCAGGGAGGAGAACGAGAAACUUUUUUGUAAAGAGGUUCAGGAGAAGGAAGCGGUCAUUUUAAAACUCACCCAGGAGCUGAGGGAUCUUGCAGAACAACACAAACAUUUAGAGAUGGAGUGCCAGCACAAAAUGACUGGAUUUCAAGCGAAAAUAAAGGAACUGAUCAACCUUCAUGAGAUUAAAGAGGCGUCUUUGCAGGUUGAACUACAAGACACUCAAAAACAAUUAAAGGAUGCCGUCGAAUUGUGUACUAAAUUGGACCUUGAACUCAAAGAAACACAGGAAAGAGACACAGUUAGGGAGACUGAGACCCAGGGGAAGUUGGACUCUUUGAUGAGAGAGAAGGAUGAACUGCUGGAUUUGUCAAUGCAGCAAGAGAAAAUUAUACAGGACAAGGAAGCAGAAAUCCAGCAGUUGGAACUGAGGAGGCAGGAGGCAGAGAAUGCUACAGUGGAGGCCUUGGAUAGGUUUGAAAAAGAAGCGUCAGCAGUGAAUGAAGUCCUGAGGGUGACAGAGCUUCAGCAGGCUUUGGAGAGGGCAGAGGGAAUAUAUGAUAAUCUGAGGAAGGAUUUUGAGGCAUAUAAAAAACACAGCGGUGAGCUCCUGGCCAAGGAAAAGGAACUAAACGCCAUCCUACGACACAUGAACAUUUAG